AGAAUAAAGAGAGAAUCCCGAGUGUUUGCUUCUCUCUUCUAUAUUUAGACUCCACUCAAUCCCAAAAUCCCCCCUCCAUUUCAAUUCCUCCGUCUCUCACACUCAGCCAGAGCCAUAUCACAGAGCUUUAGAGAAAACCCACAGAAGAAAAUGCCUUCGUAUUCAUCACCAAGUCCAUCACUUGUCUCUGUAAUAAUCUUUCUAACCAUCUUUACUUCAUACUUAAACCCAGCUGAAUCAGAUGCUAGAACCGAUUCAUUCAUCUACGGUGGAUGUUCACAAGCAAAAUAUUCACCAAAUUCAGUGUACGAGUCAAAUAUCAACUCACUACUCACCUCCCUGGUUAACUCAGCCACUUACUCAACCUACAACAAUUUCACAAUCAUGGGUAGUUCAUCAGCAGACACUGCUUACGGUUUAUACCAAUGCAGAGGUGAUUUAUCCAUGCCGGAUUGUACUAACUGUGUAGCUCGUGCAGUGAGUCAAAUCGGUACUCUCUGUUCUAACGCAUAUGGUGGUGCUUUAGAGCUACAAGGUUGCUUUGUCAAGUAUGAUAAUACUAAGUUCUUAGGUGUUGAGGAUAAGACGGUUGUGUUGAAAAAAUGUGGACCGGCGACUGGUUAUGAUACUGACGCCUUAGGCAGUAGGGAUGCGUUGUUGGCCGGGUUAGGUUCCGGUGGUGGACCAUAUAGAGUUGGUGGUUCUGGUAAAAUCCAAGGGAUGGCUCAGUGUACUGGUGAUUUGAGCAUGUCAGUAUGUCAAGAUUGUUUGGGUUCCGCUAUCCAAGAGCUGAAAAGUAACUGCGGGACGGCAAUUUCCGGUGAUAUGUUUUUGGCAAAAUGUUAUGUCAGGUAUUCAGCUGGUGGUGUUGAUGAUCAGUACAGAGGAGGAGGAUCUUCUUCAAGUAGUGGUGGUUCGGGGCACUCUUCGUCCGAUGACGCAGAAAAAGCGCUCGCUAUAACAGUCGGUCUGCUAGCCGGGGUCGCUGUUUUGAUCGUUUUUGCUGCUUUCUUAAGAAAAGCUUUUGGUGGAAAAGGAAAAUAAGCUCUCCGAGGGAAACCCAUUUGUUCCAGCCCACUCUGCUGCCUUUGAUUAUGGUUCUCUUUUUCUCUGAUUCUUUACAAUUUUUCUUUCUUUUUUCCACUUUAUCUUUCUAAGACUUCCUUUAAGAGAUGUAUUGAAAGAAGUGAUUAAGAAAGUUAAAGAGAAAAAGGAAGGAAAAGCAACAAAAAAAAAGGGCCCAUUAUAAGAUUCCCCACAUAUACAUCCAUUGAUAUCCAAUUGAACAAAAUUAAGUUGUAGUCUAAUUCUAUUAUGAAGAUAUUGCACAUUCUUUUUGUGAAGGUGUGAUUGUGUAUGCCGGCCUUUUGUUAAAGAAAAAGGUUGUUGUUCUAUAUAAAGGCUGUGGAUUUGACAUAUAUUUUUUAAUGUAAUGACCUUUUCGAUUGUUAUUUGUUUAUAGGAUUAGGUUAGUGAUAUCUUCUUGAUUUGGAUUUUGGUGCAAGUAGAAUGACUUGGUUGGGUC